ACUCUUUUCUCUUCUUUUCUCUCUUUAUCGAGUUUAGGCCAAGCUGCAGAGGGAGAAACAGCUGAAGAUUGCAGAAGAGAAGAAGAUGAAGGUGGAGAAAGCUAAGGUCAUUGAGGUCAAGGUCAACAUGUGGAUUGAGGAAAGAACAACUAAGGAGCAGGAAUCGAGAAAAGCCAACUGGAGGCUAGAGAAGACAAAGAAACAACGUGAAGCAGAAGAGAAGAGGGGAGUCCAGGAGAAAGCAAAGACUACCAUGACAAGGCAAGCUACGCCAUUUCCAGCUACUACAACCCAGUCCCCUGGAUGCCUAUACACACCCCUAAAUUAUCACACCAAGCCUGUUGCAAAGGGGAAGAAAGGGCGGGGUAAGAGGACCAAUGCUACCUCAUCAGGGAGGCAGAUACAACAAGCGUUGUCAACCCCGCUGCUCUUCAGAGAACGGUCAGCACAAGAGAAGCUAGGGAAAGUGGGUGGUUGAGGGGGAUUUGUUUUGUUUAGUGCUCACUAUCACCCCCUGCACACCAUCACCCCUGCACAAUGCAUUUUUUGUGACGUAGGAUCCUCACAACACGGAUUUGUUAUAUAACCAAAUUCAAUGUAGUUUGCUCAGUAUUGUGUGCAUCUGUAAAAUAGCGCCUGUCUGGAAUGCUCUCUAGGGAGUAAAAAAUGUGCAUACAUUGCCUGCAGGCAAACCCAAAUUCUGGGGCAGUAACAUGUAUGUAAAUGUUUUAAGCACUACAUGGUAUAGUAUUGUCAGAUGAAUUUAUUGCAUGCCAAUAGCUGAUUGACUGAAAAGUGUUUUGCUUCCAAACCCUGCAUAAUUCAUUUAAUUUGCAAGAAGAACAUUUGAUUU